ACAAACAUGCAUGUUUCUCUCUAUAAAUAGGGCCUUCUCUGCCAGGUAAAAAUAUGAAGCAAACCAGACAUAGAACUACGAGUCUUUUGUUGUGAACACUUUAAAAAUGAGGUCCUUUCAUGUAAGGUUGUUCUGUUUUGUGGUUAUGACUAUGCUCAUGCUUGGAGCACUUCCAUUUUCCUCAGAUGCACAGUUAGAUCCAUCAUUUUACAAAAACACUUGUGCCAAUGUUCAUUCCAUUGUUAGAGAAGUUAUAAGAAACGUUUCAAAAUCUGACCCAAGAAUGCUUGGUAGUCUCAUUUAUUAUUAUUAUUAUUGUUGCUUGUGGCAGGGUUGUGAUGCAUCAAUUUUGCUGAAUAGCACAAGUACCAUAGUGAGUGAACAAGGUGCAGGACCAAACAACAACUCAAUAAGAGGCUUAGAUGUUGUGAAUAACAUCAAAACAGCGGUUGAAAAUGCUUGUCCUGGUGUUGUUUCUUGUGCCGAUAUUCUUGCACUUGCUGCAGAAAUUUCAUCUGUUUUGGCUCAUGGUCCUGAUUGGAAAGUUCCAUUGGGAAGAAGAGAUAGUUUAACAGCAAACUUUACCCUUGCUAAUCAAAAACUUCCGGCUCCAAACUUCAACCUUAGUCAACUUAUCUCUACUUUUGCCAAUCAAUCUCUCAACAUAACUGAUCUAGUUGCACUUUCAGGUGCUCACACAAUUGGGAGAGCUCAAUGUAGAUUUUUCAGCAGUCGAUUAUAUAAUUUUAGCAACACUGGAAAUCCUGAUCCAACUUUGAACACAACCUAUCUACAAACACUUAGAUCAAUUUGCCCCAAUGGUGGAGCAGGGAAUACUCUCACCAAUUUGGACUUAACAACCCCAGACACAUUUGACAACAAAUACUUCUCCAAUCUUCAAUCUCUAAAUGGAUUGCUUCAGAGUGAUCAAGAACUUUUCUCUACAGUUGGUGCAUCUACACUUAGCAUUGUGAACAGUUUCAGCAGUAACCAAACUCUUUUCUUUGAAGCAUUUAAGGCAUCAAUGAUUAAGAUGGGUAAUAUUGGAGUUCUAACUGGCUCUCAAGGUGAAAUCAGAAAGCAAUGUAACUUUGUUAAUGGAAAUUCUGGAUUGGCUACUUUUGCUACUAGAGUAGAAUCAUCAGAAGAACAGGGUGUUAGCUCAGCCUAAAAAGAUUAUGUAUUUAUUGUGGGUUGGAAAUUUUAAAGUAGUUAUCUUCUAUAUUCACAUACAUAAAUAAGUCAUGUUGUUUGUGGAUUGGGAUUGAUUUUGUACUUGAUAGAUGUAUGGAUAUCCAUUUGUGUUUUGUAUCAUUUAAUUUCCAAUAAUGUUAUAUGAGAUUCGAGUGUUUUUUA